AUGAAGGUCCUCGCGCCGCUCACGAUGGCCUGCGCGGCCAGCGCCCACACCAUCUUCUCGUCGCUCGAGGUCGGUGGCGUCAACCAGGGCGUCGGCCAGGGCGUGCGAGUGCCCUCGUACAACGGCCCGAUCGAGGACGUGACGUCCAACUCGAUCGCGUGCAACGGCCCGCCCAACCCAACCACGCCAACCUCCAAGGUGAUCACGGUGCAGGCGGGCCAGACUGUGACCGCCAUCUGGCGCUACAUGCUGAGCACGACCGGGUCGGCGCCCAACGACGUCAUGGACAGCAGCCACAAGGGCCCGACCAUGGCCUACCUCAAGAAGGUCAGCGACGCGACCAGCGACUCGGGCGUCGGCGGCGGCUGGUUCAAAAUCCAGGAGGACGGCCUCGCCGCCAACGGCGUGUGGGGCACCGAGCGCGUCAUCAACGGCCAGGGCCGCCACGCCAUCACCAUCCCCGAGUGCAUCGCCCCGGGCCAGUACCUCCUCCGCGCCGAGAUGCUCGCCCUCCACGGCGCCGGCAACUACCCGGGCGCCCAGUUCUACAUGGAGUGCGCCCAGAUCAACGUCGUCGGUGGGUCCGGCACCAAGACCCCCUCGACCGUCAGCUUCCCUGGCGCCUACAAGGGCACCGACCCCGGCGUCAAGAUCAACAUCUAUUACCCGCCCGUCACCAACUAUACGGUUCCUGGUCCCAGCGUCUUCAAGUGCUAA